GUACAUAUGCAAUCAACAUCCAUGAAGUUUAAUACGCGAAAAUCUCAAAGUAAUUUAGCGAAGAUUACAGUCUUGCUUCAGACUUGCACAUAUUUUAUGCCGAAUACAAUUACUCAGGCGUUCUACUUCGCAUUCUGAAAGGGGUCCUUAAUGACGUCGCAGCCAUUGACGAUUUGGAAAAGGAAACUUGAAACCACUCAUGUUGCACGCCAAAUAAAUGGUUACAGCUACAUACAACGCGGUUGUAUAUGACUAUAUAUAUUUGUCCUGUUGUAUAAUAUACAUAUUUAAAUGUAUAAUACGUCGUACAAGAACACUAAUGGGUCCAACUAUGCAUACACAAAACUGAAAGUGCAUGCCAAGGAGAAAACAACGGAUCCGACCAUGUCACAAAAACUAAUGAAGAGCGCGCACUACAUCGAACUGGGCAGUUACCAGUACUGGCCGGUGCUGGUCCCCAGAGGUAUUCGGCUUUACACAUAUGAGCAGAUCCCGGUGUUCCUGAGAGACAACCCGUACAUCACGGACGGAUACAGAGCAUACUUACCUUCAAGACUAUGCAUCAAAAGCAUCUUCAUCCUGUCUAACGAGACAGUGAACAUCUGGAGCCACGUGCUGGGCUUUCUGUUGUUCUUCUCCCUGGGCGUGUACGACAUGGCCGCCGUGCUGCCCUCCUCCGGCGCCUCCCGCGAGGACUACGUCAUCUACUCCAUUGGCCUGUUCUGCUUCCAGGUGUGCAUGCUAUGCUCGGUGGGGUACCACCUGUUCUGCUGCCACCGCUCUGAGAAGACGAGCCGGCGCUGGAUGGCGCUGGACUACGCGGGCAUCUCCAUCGGGAUUCUGGGGUGCUACGUGCCUGGAGUCUUCUAUUCCUUCUACUGCAACAACUACUGGCGGCAGGUGUAUCUGGUGACUGUGCUGGCGAUGAUCCUGGCUGUGUUCCUGGCUCAGAUCCACCCCCACUACCUCAGCCACCAGCGGCUGCGCUCGCUCACCUUCUGCUGUGUGGCUGGCUGCGGCCUGGUCCCCACCGCCCACUGGGUGCUGCUCAGUGGAGGCUUGUCCUCUGACAUCGUGCAGGUGUUCCUCCCCCGGGUCCUGGGCAUGUACGUCAUGGCAGCGCUGGCAUUCCUCUUCUAUGUUUCUAAAGUCCCUGAACGCUACUUCCCAGGCCAGCUGAACUACGUGGGCUCCAGCCACCAGCUGUGGCACAUCCUGGUGGUGCUGAUGUUCUACUGGUGGCACCAGUCUGCCGAGUACAUCAUGACCUACCGCCACAGCCACCCCUGCCCCGACUACCCACAACACACUUAGGACAUGCAACACGCCAAGGAGCCAACACGCCAAGGAGCCGGCAGCAUCAGGGCUCCAGGUGGGGCCGGGAGGGUUCAACACGUGUGCAACAGGCCUCAGUGUGGCCUCACAUCUGAGGCAACAGGCCUCAGUGUGGCCUCACAUCUGAGGCAACAGGCCUCAGUGUGGCCUCACGGCUGAGGCAACAGGCCUUUGUGUGGCCUCACAGCUGAGGUCACCAUUGGGUUCAACUGGACGGCCCUUCGCCAUCCUCCUAAAUGAGCAAAAUCAUGCCAAUGUUACCUUUCAAAACACAAGACUUUAUUCUUAAGGAUUUUACUCAAUUUGAGUGAAUAUUUGUAGCAGUAACAGAUCGAAGGAGGCUGGUUAUCUUGACCAACAAAAGCUUUGAAAUCCUGAGCAAUUCUCCCUUUGUGCUGAUCACACAAGGUAGCACAUUAAUAUUGAUUUUUUCUUCAAUAUAACUGAUGGAGGAUGAUAUACCACUGACAAGGUACUUGAAACAUAAAGGAGCUACAUAUUUAGUCCCCUUUAUGUUAUUUACACAAGCAAAUGAACUGGGUGAAUCUUAACUUCAGUGAUGAGUAAAAUUCAUUACAUUGAGUCUAAUAAAUGUCAACACAUUUAGUCAAUUAUUUAUUUUAUUGGGGGUGUCUCAGACAGCAUAUAAACAACUGGGUUCCUCACAGCUACUAGAACGUUCUUCAACACAGUGGUCUAGUGGACCUCUGCUGCCCCUCCGCUGGAGGCUCUCUACACUGUCAUCCUCUCAUCAGAGGGGAUUUAGCUGGAUAACUGUAUUACUUGUACAUUUGUUAAAACGUAAAGCUGUGAGACUGCCGAAUUUAGUUUUACCGUAGCAAAAUCUGUAGUCUGCCUUCCCCAUGAGAAUCAUACAUGAUUAAGACUCAUCAACAUCAGUUGAACAUUGACGAAGGCUUUUCAUGAUGUACUUCUUUAACCUAUGAGGGGCUUGUGCAAUGACAAUGUUACUUGUUUAAUUUGUAUUCUUAAGUAUUUAAACUUGGGAGAUUUUGAAUGAACAAAAAUGUUACUUGGUAUUAUGUCUGAUUCUCGUUUGCGCUGUAUUGUCAAAUAUUUAUGCAGAAGUUGAUUUCAAAGUAGUUUUGUGUAAGCACAUAUCCUAAUAGGGAUUAAAGAGAGGCCUCGGGUCCU